AUGAAAAGUCUUCGAUUGCGUGUAAUACCACUGUACGCGCUACUUUUCUCGUUUAUUCUACUGACGUCCGUCAUUACCGCCAAUGCAUCACCCGAUGUGCAAGAGUGUCCUGCGAAUCGUGUGCUGUCCCAACGCUCCAAGCGCUGGCUCUUGAGCUACCCCAUCAAUGGUGGGUUCGCAAAGAUGGUGCUUGGCUUUCUUUCCCCGAUUCGAUUCCACCACACACUGCCACGAAGCUGUAAUUUGUCGAUCAACAUGCAGGCCGUCUAUCGCAUCCUGCCCAACAUCAUUUUCCCUCGGCCGGAAACAAUAUUCAAAAAUCGAGCCAAUAGUGAGUAUACCGACACCAGCCGGAAGCAGUUUUACGAGCUGGUGGAGCGAAUGCUGACGACCUGGAACCGUAACGGCCGCAGCUGUUUGUUGCGUACGAUCUGCGAGGUUGCCGAAACGUCGUUGCGACACAAUGGAUUGAUUGGAGAACUGUUUGAAGUUAUCUUCACACCUCACGAGACGGAUCAGCUAGACAGUGCAUAUACAAUGGCACGCAAAUACGGUGCGAAUGGUGUGGAUUGCAUGAGAAUGUACGCCGAAUGUCCCCUAGGACAUGGUUUGCUCGAUACUAUCAGUGCAAUUCAAAUGUAA